CACGGCACGCAGCAGACAGUCAGUCACACUAUACCCACUUCGUCUUCACUCCGUACAGUUGAAAGAGGAUUGUGGAGCGUGAAAAUGUCUGCAGUGAUGUGGGGACUUGUCUGAAUUUUGAUCCGUCUGUCUUAGGAGAGAAUGGUGGAGGAAGCUGUCUUGUUACACACCUCUCAGCAAGAUCUCGGGUGUACAACGCCAUCUACCAUUUUCUCUCUCUCUCGCUCUCUCUCUCUGUGAUUGGAUAGACAGCCUGAUGGUGAAACUCAACAUGCCAGUGAUGUCAACGGCGGACUGCAGACUGUAACCAUGGGCAACGUGGAGAGCCAGAACGGCGACCAUGCCUUCUACGGCACCCAACAUGGCUACCUGUCCCGCAAACACAUGUCUCGUUCCCUCCGCAUCUCCAAGCACCAGUCCAGCUCCGGUUCCACCCGCUGCACCCACGACCGCCACGCCACUCAGGGCAAAGUAGAACACCGUAACUCUGAGACCUCCACGCGUUCCAGCAGCACCCCUAGUAUCCCACAGUCCUUAGCGGAUCACGCACUGGAGCCCUUCAACCAGACCAAUGUCCUGUCAGACUUCUCCCCUAUUUGGGUGGAUCGUAUGGCCAUGAACCUCCGGCCCGUCUCCUUCCAUACCCACCUGGACAACCCGUCUGUAGGGCCCCACCUGGACAACCCGUCUGUAGGGCCCCACCUGGACAACCCCUCUGUAGGGCCCCAGUUAGACACAGCAACACCAGGGACUAGACCCCAGUGCCCCCAGGACAGAGGUCUAGGCCUGUACAAUAACACUGGAGAGGGGACCUACCUCCAGAAGACCAGAGACGGACCCCGGGAACCCCGGGAACCCCGGGAGGGAGUCAGCUUUAAGAAGAAGAGGUCCAAAUCAGCCGACAUGUGGAGAGAAGACAGUCUGGAGUUCAGUCUGUCAGACCUCAGCCAGGAACAUCUCACCAGCACAGAGGAGAUCAUCGACACCGAGGAGGCAGACGACAGGGACUUCCCUGAUUGUGAAGGCCUGCUGGGGCUCGUGUCCCCAGAGGGUCUGGAGGGUGUGGACGCUGCUGGCAGGGCCAACUCCCUGGAUCAGCUGUAUGGCGGUCAGAAGACCCCAACUCGCCGGCCCGUGGCACGCUAUGCUAAGUGGCACCAUGACGUUAACCGCGAAGCCCGGGAGGGGGAGGACGAUAAGAUGCUGUCUCCGUCGGAGGAGGAUGGGAACUCGUACGGAGCGUACACUCUGCCCUGUCGACGCUCACACUGCCUGUCUGAGGGCCUGACCAAUCACCAGGCUGCCUCCUGUAACACCAUGCAGGGCCGCAGAGCACAGACCAUACAGGAUGUGACUGCUGGAGAGGGCAGUGAGUACGAGGACAGUGGCAUCGACGGGGUGACGGCUUCGGGGGCGGAGCAUCAGUCCCGGCGCUAUAAGACCAUGUCUAUGUCCUUCUCCGUGUGCUCGGCGGCGGGGCGGAGCCUGUUCGCUGGCAGUGACAGUGGAAGCAGCAGCGGGGGAGGAGCCAGUGAGGGGGUCCAGGGGGUCUACGAGAACUUCAGACAGGAGUUGGAGAUGAGCUCGUGUCAGACAGAGAGUCUGGAGGAGGCGGGGUCAGCCCUGAGUGACGAACAGAGCGUCAUGAGCUCAGCCUACCAAUCAGAUCCCCUGCUCAGCGUUGCCCAGGGAACCGUGAGGAAGGCGGGCCGUCUGGCUGUCAAGAACUUCCUGGUUCACAAGAAGAACAAGAAGGUGGAGUCGGCCACCAGGCGGAAGUGGAAGAGCUACUGGGUCUGCCUCAAAGGAUGCACUCUGUUCUUCUACGAGACAGACGGGCGGUCGGGGAUCGACCACAACAGCGCUCCUAAACAUGCGGUGUGGGCUGAGAACAGUAUUGUCCAGGCCGUACCUGAACACCCCAAGAAGGACUUUGUCUUCUGCCUCAGCAACUCUCUAGGAGAUGCUUUUCUCUUCCAGUCCUGCAGCCAGACGGAGCUGGAGAACUGGAUCACGGCCAUCCACUCGGCGUGCGCGGCGGCCGUUGCCAGGCAGCAUCACCGGGAGGACACGGUGCGUCUGUUGAGGGUGGAGAUUAAGAAGCUGGAGCAGAAGAUCGACAUGGACGAGAAGAUGAAGAAGAUGGGAGACAUGCAGCUCAGUGCCGUGACCGAUACCAAGAAGAGGAAGACCAUACUGGACCAGAUCUUUCUGUGGGAACAGAACUUGGAACAGUUCCACAUGAGUCUGUUCCGGUACCGGUGUUACCUGGCCAGUCUGCAGGGAGGGGAGCUGCCCAACCCCAAACGCCUGCUAGCCGUAGCCUCCAGACCCACCAAACUGGCCAUGGGACGCCUCGGAAUCUUCUCUGUAUCGUCCUUUCAUGCGCUGGUGGCAGCUCGUACAGAGAGCGGGGUGAGGAGACGUACCCAGGCCAUGUCUCGUUCCUCCUCGUCUAAACGUAAGAGCAGGUUCUCCUCUCUGUGGGGCCUGGACACUACUUCCAAGAAGAAGACUCACCCCACCAUCAACCAGGUGUUUGCUGAUGGGGAGGAGCCAGUGAAAAAGCCUCUGGACGGGAUCUAUGAUGUGGACACUGCCAGGGAGAGAGGGAAGAGUCAUGAGGGGACAGUGAAGAUUCUUCCUCAUGUCAACUCAGACAGUCACAUGACAGACAGUGAUAUCUGGGUGCCUGACCACCUGACCCCGUCCUGGGUGUGUCUUCCUAACGACCAGCCUGUCCUCGCCACCAUCCAGCCUGGAGAGUCUGCUCUGGACGUUCUGGAGACCAUCUGCAAGGCCCACCGGCUGGAUCCUGCCAAACAUUACCUCCGUCUCAAGUUCCUCAUCGAAAACCAAGUCCAGUUCUACAUCCCUAAACCGGAGGAGGACGUGUGUGACUUGCUUUAUAAAGAGAUAGAGCUGGGCUCCAAAAUAACCAAAGUCAUCCAGUUCGACAGGGAUGAGUCCUGUAUGAUUGGCUACGGGUUUUCCAUCUCAGUGGUGGAGGAGGAUUCAGUGCAGCAGCUCUACAUUACCGAUGUGAAGGCGGGAGGAUUAGCCUUCGCUAAAGGUCUGAAUGCGGGGAUGAGAUCUUGCAGCUGA